AUGCUCACUGCCCUGCACAUAACGCUGCCGCAGCGACGCGAUCGUGAGAGUGAGCAACACCUGCCGAAUCGCUGCCUCAUCGUGAACGAGCUUACGUGUGAGGCCUCCCUCAUCUCCACUGAGGCCUCACUAAAGUACGCGCGUGACGCUGCGCAUGAGUCGUAUGAGACGGGAACCCGUUUUCGCUUUGGCCACAUUACAAUCAGUCCUCACCAUGGGAGUAUCUUCGUAACGCAGGUGGCCCCUUUGCUGUAUGAUCUUUGUCGUGGUUUUUUUCUCUCUACGAGUAGCAACGAUGCAGAAAUGCAAAGUCGACUGCUAGCGUCAACAAACCCGGUUGCCGCGGAUUCUGAUGAACCUGUUAUUUUUCAAAGAAGGGGGUUAGAGAAUGCGUCUGCAAGCGAGCAUCAGAAAAUUUGUCAGAAGACGUGGCUGAUGAGUCGAACGGUUUUUAUUUAUGGUAGUCGCUCCGCUACGGAACGCCGUGCACUCUUUCUGCAUCUUGCCAAGGCUGUCGCCCUGGCGUUGCUUCAGGAAACAAAUGCCACGGAAACACAGACGUCAGAGAAGAAUACAUGUGAGGUUUGCUUCUCACUUGUAGAUUUAUACCACGCAUGGGGGGUAGGAGAUGUCCUGGACCCUAACGCCGUUAUGCAUGACAGUUUUCAACUGCAGCGGCUGAAGCGGGAGGAGCCACGACGCUCACUGAAUGAACCGAAGGGCAUAGAUUUUGUUGAGCCCACAAGACAACUGUUGGAGGGUCGGGACAGCAUAUCCACGUGCCUUCUGCGUGCGUUGCAACGCAUCGACUCUCCACGAGCGUUGCGUACAAGCGCAGAGAGGGAAGACCACGCCGUGAAGUCCACCUUGGUGCUCACGUUUACCAUUUCAAAGCACCCGAAACAGGGCCUAGGAGCGUCGCGACGUGGGAAGAUGCGUUCCGCGCGAGCUGGGGAGGAACGGGGUCGGCAGAAGGCUGAUUCCUCAUUAGAGGCUAGGUUUCAUAUCAUACUUCUCCCCGACAGUGCUGCUGCCGCACAUGGAAAGCAAGCAGCACAAGAGUUGGGGGCUCUUGCCAAUGCACUUCAGGCCUGUACACAGUGGCAAAACGAAAUAGUUUCUGCGACCGAUGCUGAGGAGGAUCCCCGUGAGCAGCGAGCGAAGGAACCGCCAAAGCCAGCUUUAUCUCUAAAUGUGUCAUCCUCAGGAACGACAUCGACAACAAACAAGGUGUCUUGGGUACCGCUGCGAGAGUCUCCACUGCUACUUUAUCUGUUUGAGUCCAACAUUUACUACCGUCAUCAGUUAGAGCGGAGUUUACGCAAUUUGCGUCUGUCGAAGGAACGACGUCGGCAGUUCAGCUCUGAGUCAAGGUCUGUGGGUGCUAACGUCUCCACCCAGUCUCAGAACGCCGCUAGAAGUGUCUCAUGCACUGCAUCUACCUCCAUGGAGCAUAGUGGUUGCUGGAUGAGUGCUGAGGCAAAAAAUACUAACGUUCUUGACUGCAUAGCUGCAGGAAUUGGUCAAUGCCUACUCAUUGUGUGUGUUAACUCCGGUUGGGAUCAAUACUAUCAGGCCCGCAGUGCAUUUCUGUUUGCACAGCGCGCAUCCAACCAGUUGAGCCAGCCCUGCGUCUUUUCAGACCCUACAUUAGAGCAUGUAUCUCCUACAUGUGGUACGGAGCAUGGGAUAAGCAAUUUCCACAAGACCUUGACUCUAACCUCGACACGGAUACAGUCUCUUUGUCAGUAUUCCCUGGAACGGCAACGCCAUGAACCUUUUCACGCCCUGGAAGAAACAGUAGAUGGGGUGGAGCGACAACUGUGGUCUUCUCCAGAAAGAAGAGAAACAACAGAGCCGAGGCACCCGAAAGCGGAGGAGUUCUCAGUUAGUCCGUUGGCGCCGUCUGAAGUUGCCUUCGUUGAGGAGGAGGGUAGUGACCAGUAUAAUGGCCGCGAUGUGCUGUCCAGGCAGACGGAUGUGCAGGCCGUUCGACAGCCUGUAGGCUCAAGAGUGGAUGCAGUGACCAAAAUAACUAGCCCUAUUGCGCCAUCAUCAGGAAGAAAUAUGCGUUCUGUUCCCAUGCGGCAACUUCGUCGAUGCGAUUACGACGAUCAACAAGGAGGGAUAAGCAGUCUUCAUGACGAGAGUACUGCUAAAUCAUGGGAGCAACCGGAAAUUCCUUGUGGUACUGAAACUUCUCCACUUGAUUCUGGUCUGUGCGAAUCCCCCACCUCUGCAAAGGGCGUGAAGUUGGGUCCUUCUCCUGUAGCGGGGGGUCCAAUGAUACACGACGUAUUGCUGGAACAAAGUCGUCUUCGGCAGGAAAAUGCGCAGUUGCGUGUGCUUCUGGCGAGUAUGUCUUCUCAGCAAGCUGACAGUGAUAGAGAGCUAAGGGGGUCAGUCAGGAUAGCAGACAUCUGCGAUGCUGCACUGCUGGAGUCACGGAGAUCCGCUCGAUUAUCGGAGAUUGACGUGUUACGAAAAGAACUCGCAACAACAACAAAAAAGGCGCAAGUACUGCAAAAGACUCUUUUACGUUCAGUGGACGAUAAUCGCAAGCUGCGUCGCGCCAUGCAUGCUCAGAUGAAACAGUUGGUUGUUGACCUUCCCCGCAUUUUUCAAGAUACACUGGCUGAACGAGAUUCCAAUACUCCUGCAGUUGCAGAGGAAAGACUUCUUCGCUGGGAGAUGCUGCUUGAGAAUACUGUGGGGCGAAUGAUGCGACCUGUAUCUGGGGAUGACCAUGUGGAAGGGGAGAAGGAGCAGGAGCAGAAGGAAGAAUCAACAUGCACGGAGCGUGACGGUAGGUUUGGUCUUCAAACGUGUCAGAUAGAAAACGUAACGAAAACGUCACAUGCAAACUGUGCAUGUGCGCACAUGCCGGAGGGACGGGGACCAGGCUCCCGCUGUAACGGAAGCUGCUACCAAGUACAGCGGGAGGCGAAUGAUUUACUCAACGAGGAGGCCAACAGAUGGGAUUGGAAAGCAUCCAAGCGUGACAUGAAGGGGGAAGUAAAAUCACCGCUGGGAAACGAUAUAGAUUUUCAAGUGGCACAGCUACUUCAGCUGGCCUACCGCCUUUUUCUAUGCGGAUCCGCUUUUGCCAAUGAGGUUGAGGAUGAUGAUGGGCACACUGUCUCUGCGGGUAGCAUACAUGAGGGGCCUGACAGAGCUGAAGUGGAGGUCUGUGGAGCAAUGCGUCGGAGUUUGUCAAAAAGCGUAUUAGAUAUUAUGUCGCCCCACCAGAAGGGACUCCGCGCAAAGGCUGCGAAAGCUGAGGGCGAAGGACAUCUGUUUACUGGGGAAGGGCGGGAACCAGAACUCUGCUGGAAGUGUCACAUGUCUUGGCGCCCGUGUUGCAACGCGGAGUAUACAAGGUUUCUCGAAAUACUGCGCUCCUUGUGCGGCCAGCUAAUGAUAACAGGAACAGUUGCUCUUGAUUCACACCGUCAAGUCAUGUACAAAGCAGAAGCAGCACAAGAAGAACUAAAAGAUAAGAAGGGUACACCACUGCCAAGACAUGUGUGCUUCCCCUCUGGGUGUUGCCCUUCUCAUGAAAGCUGGGGAGACGUUUCAUCAGCAGAAUUGCUGCCCAAUGAGGGGGACUUUAUUGCUGAAGACACGUCAACUAUCUGA